AUGAAAAUGCAAAUUCACAAUUUCCAAGAGGCACUAGUGGAGCAGGCAGAGCUGGAAAGCCAACUCCACAACAUGAAAGAGUUGGUGGCAAGAUUAAAAGUGGAGAGAGACACCUUUGCGGAGGACCUGAGGCUGGAGAGCUCCACGGGGAAGGAGAAAGUCCAGCAGCUGCUAGACAAGCUUGUGGAGCUGAGAGAGCAGCUGUCAGAGCUGCGGCCCCCACAGCCACCUGCAGGGCCAGCUCAGGCUGAGCAGCAGCUGCAGGUGGAGGAGAACCAGAGCCUCAGUCUCCAGAACCUGGAGCAGCAGCAGUGGCUGUGGAUACUGGAAAAGAAGGCUGAGGAAUGGGAACAGCAUGCCGAGGACCGGCGCAAGAUCCUGGAGACGAUGGAGAAGGAACAGGAGACCUUGAAACGCACACUGGUGCACAACUGCAAGCUUAAAGAAGAGCUGGCCAACCUGCAGGAUGCCUUGCAGAGGCUGAGCGCUGAGAAGGGGGAGCUUGCCAGCAUCCUGCACACAAAACAGCAGGAGAAGACAACCUGCAGGGAAGAUGAAGGCCUGAGCCAAGAAGACAACAAGGGUGAGGAAGCAACUCCCCAUGAUGUGACUGUCCCAGAGGACGUAGACAAUCCACAGAGCAUGUGGGAUUUUUACGUGGAUGCACUGUCCAUCACAGAAGCAGGAAGGCGAGGAUGA